AUGGCGCCGAACGAGGGAGACGCUGCCUCAUACAGCUUCCCUGAGGUACAUGCAUUUGCGCCCUUUUACACUCUUCAGCCCAAUGCACAGACUAUGGCACUGCAAGUUGAUCUGUGGAUGCGCUUGAUCCUGUCUUACUGCGCAGCACAUCGACGUUUUCAGCUGGACGUGGAUGGCGAAUGGGAACGCACAUCAGACCUGUUCUGCCACCGCGAAUUGGAUCGCGCACUGUCCCCCGACACGAUUCGGCUUAUCUUCGCGUACAUGGUAGACAAGGGCCGUGCCAUCUACGAUCCUCCGCUUCCGCGUGGCUACAAGGCGCCCAAGGUCGGGCAGGUCGAGCCGGAUCGACGCACACAUGCGUUGAGCGUAUCAGCCGCGCGGGCUCUGCCGACAUACCAUGUCGAGCCGGGAAACAGAAUUUGGGUGUAUUGGCACACACCGUCAGAGUGGGGCGAUCAAAUCUACGCCUGGGUCAAAGACACAGGACAAACAAGAGUGGUGUUGACGCUCUAUGAGCUGCAGCACAGUGUAUGCGUGGAACGACUAGGCUUACCGCCCCACAUGCUACGACAGGCCCUCGAUACGCUCGUUGCACGCAAGUGUGCACAAAUCUUUGGCAGUAGUGCCACGGAGGGAGACGAGAAUUUGGGUGUCAAGUUCGUCUAG